AUGGAGGAUUCAGGCAUCCAGAGAGGCAUGUGGGAUGGAGAUGCCAAGGCUGUCCAACAAUGCCUGACAGAUAUUUUUACCAGUGUAUAUACAACCUGCGACAUCCCAGAGAACGCCAUAUUCGGGCCCUGUGUUCUGAGUCAUACUUCCCUCUACGACAGCAUCGCCUUCAUAGCACUCAAGUCCGCUGACAAGAGAACAGUUCCUUACAUCUUCCGGGUAGAUACUUCUGCAACAAAUGGCUCCUCAGAAGGUCUCAUGUGGCUAAGGCUAGUCCAAUCAGCCAGAGAUAAAGAAGAACAGAACCUCGAAGCUUAUAUAAAAAACGGACAGCUGUUUUACCGCUCUCUCCGAAGGAUUGCCAAAGACGAGGAGUUACUCGUUUGGUACGGGAAAGAACUGACUGAGUUACUUUUGCUCUACCCCUCUAGAUCCCACAAAAUGAACGGGCCGUCCCCUUACACAUGCCUGGAAUGCAGCCAGCGUUUCCAGUUUGAGUUCCCCUACGUGGCGCAUCUGCGAUUCCGCUGCCCCAAGAGACUUCAUAGUGCUGAUGCGAAUCCCCAAGACCAGCAAGGUGUCGGUGUGGGCACUAAGGACCACGUCGGCGGCGGUGUCAAAGAGCAGCAGCAACAACCGCAACAGCAGCAGCAACAACAGCAGCAGCAACAGGAGGCGCCCUUGGUCCCGGGCCCCAAGUUCUGCAAAGCCGGCCCAAUACACCACUACCCGGCGCCGUCUCCGGAGGCUGGCAACCAACAAGCCGUCGCAGGUGCGGGCAGCGCCAAACCGUCCACGGACUUCCACAACCUGGCCCGGGAACUGGAAAACUCCCGGGGAGGCAGCAGCUGUUCGGCGGCCCCGAGCGUUGGCGGUGGCCGCACCGGCCACCAGGAGGCGGAGCUGAGUCCUGACGGCGUCGCCGCCGGCGGCUGCAAAGGGAAAAGGAGGUUCCCGGAGGAGGCGGCUACGGAGGGCAGCAGCGCGGGGUUGGCGGGUGGCCGUGCGCGCUUCUCGGAGCGGCCGCUGGCCUCCAAGGAAGAGCUGGUGUGUACCCCGCAACAGUACCGCGCCGCGGGCAGUUACUUCGGCCUGGAGGACAACGGGCGGCUCUUUGCGCCGCCCAGCCCGGAGACCGGCGAGGCGAAGCGCAGCGCCUUCGUGGAGGUGAAGAAGGCGGGCCGCGCGGCGGGCUUGCAGGAGGAGGCGGCGGAGGACGGCGCAGGAGGCACAGCCGAGGACCCUGACGCAGGAGGCGGUGGCGGUGGUGGUGGCGGUGGCUCGUCCACGCCCGCGGCCGCGUCGCCGGGGGUCGCCGAGAAGCUGCUGGCCCCGCGGCCCGGAGGUGCGCUGCCCGGCCGGCUGGAGGGCGGGAGCCCCGCGCGCGGUAGCGCCUUCACCUCGGUGUCGCAGCUGGGCAGCAGUGGCGGCGCGGGGACCGCGGGGACCGCGGGGACCGCGGGGGGCGGUCAGGCGGCUGCAUCGGACGAGCGCAAGAGCGCCUUCUCGCAGCCGGCCCGCUCCUUCUCGCAGCUGUCUCCGCUGGUCCUGGGCCAGAAGCUGGGUGCACUCGAGCCGUGCCACCCGGGCGACGGCGUGGGCCCCACCAGACUCUACCCGGCUGCAGCUGAUCCGCUGGCCGUUAAGCUGCAGGGGGCCGCGGACCUGAACGGAGCCUGCGGGCCCCUGGCAAGCGGCGGCGGCGGUGGCCUGCCCAAGCAGAGCCCCUUCCUCUACGCCACAGCCUUCUGGCCCAAGAGCUCGGCCGCGGCGGCGGCGGCGGCAGCUGCAGCCGCGGGGCCCCUGCAGCUGCAACUACCCUCGGCGCUCACCCUGCUGCCGCCCUCCUUCACCUCGCUGUGUCUGCCCGCGCAGAACUGGUGCGCCAAGUGCAAUGCCUCCUUCCGCAUGACCUCCGACCUGGUGUACCACAUGCGGUCUCAUCACAAAAAGGAGUAUGCCAUGGAACCCCUGGUGAAGCGCCGACGGGAGGAGAAACUCAAGUGCCCCAUUUGCAACGAGUCCUUCAGGGAGCGUCACCACCUCUCCAGGCACAUGACAUCGCAUAAUUGA